AUGGGUAAUUGCUGUUCUAUUCGAUUUCCACAAGAAAAUGACUUCUAUGCAAAUCUUCACGUUCCAAAAGCAAACCCGAUAGAUAUUGUUCCAAUAGACUCAAAAUCAGACUCAGAUAUUCCAUUAUUUGCCCCUGCUGCUGAAGUAGAUGAUAACGAUGUAAUAUCAGACCCAGAAACGCUUACAGAUGCAGAAAUUAAUGCUUAUGCUUCAAAAUUAAGCGAUAGCGACGAAUAA